AUGGCUGCAAGGAUGGUACCCCGCUCUGACCAUGCCCGGGGCCGAGUUCUGAUUGAACUUCCGCAUCUCUCGCCUCGACCCGAACUAGCCGGUUUGCCUGCCGGCUAUCUGAUCACUAGGUUUCACGCCAUCGAUCAUGAUCUCGGCGCCAACUCUAGCCUCAUUUAUCUGCUCCGAGGAUCCAAAGCUUUGUUGGGCACCAUGAAAUCCAGACGUUCACAGGACUUUGGCGGACCCAACCAUCUCGAUCGAGGCUGGCUUCAAACGCGAGGUCAACACGAACAAACGGAUGACUAUGUCAUCGAUACCGAGCCUCAAUAUCAGGAAGCUGAAAUGGCGGCCGAUGAAGCAUUAUGUCAACUUGGAAGAUUGAGAGGGAGACUCAAUAGUGUCUGGCUACGACUAGACAAGAGCACAGGCAUGUUGACAACAUUGACACAGUGGAGGGGUCUUGGAGAAUGCAGGUAA